AUGUUUAUUUCAAGAAUUGCUAUUUUACUCUCUGUUGCAUUUGCAAUGAUGAUUGGUGUACAAGCCCAAAACUGUUUAAAGAGUAAUGGUUACACUGCAGGCUUCACAGUAACAUCAUUCAACACUUAUUACCCAGCUGGUGGUGCAAUUGAACCACUUUCUUUCUUUGAAGUUGGUGAUACAUCUGUUGAUUAUGAUGGACUAAGAAUGCGUGUAAACUAUGAGUUUACAAUGGCUGGACAACCAGUCGCCAAUGGUAGUCUCUGGGGAUUCGGUACCAUCAACAAGAUGUACAUUCUUUCACAAGGAGUCUGUACCAUUGCCCCACUCUCAUUCCCAAUCCAAACAUUGUUAAAUGGGUCUGUCGUUGGAAUGACCAAGCUUGGUCAACUCGAUGUCCAAGUAUGGAAGAUUGCAGCUGGUGGACUUCCAACCAACCAAGAACUCUUCUACGAUAAUGUCAAUUGUGCUGGAGUUUCGAGUUUGAUUUCCAACGCCGAUCCAUCAACUCCAGGUUACAGCACCAUGUUAUUCUUUGAUUUUGUUGACCAAUACACUGAAUCCUACUUUGACCUCCCAUCACAAUGCACUCAACCAGAUCAAAUUGCUACAUUCACCAAUGGGUACCAAGAAAAAGAAACAUUCCCACAUAUUCCAAAGUCUCUACACCAUUUACUUCGUAGUGGUAACUAA